AUGCAAACGGGUGAAAUGUGCAUGCAGCAGCUCUAUCGGAAGAGUGAAACUGGUGAACGGCCACACUUCUUUUUUAAGGAUGAAAAUAAUACUGGUACGGUGACAAGUGGCCUUAUCUAUAAAAGUUACAGAGUUUCAAGAAGUGCGUUACUACACCAUGCAGCAGGGCAUGAAAAAGAAGGGCAAGGCGGUGAUCUGACGUGGGCUGACCAGCAUGAUGGCCAUGACAGUGAAUAUCUGUUGGACAAGCAUGCUCAUCACCAAAAUGAUGAGACAGGUUUCGGUCAUGCGUCCAAACACGAGGCCGAGCAACAUGCACUGAAAUCUGCAGCUGGUGCUGGUAAGCAUGCCGCUGCUGCCGCAGAAAAAGCUGCUCACAAGCAUGCCGAUAAAGCCAGCGCCCUCGGAAAAGACGCCCACGAAGCAUCUGGCUGGGGUAAGCAUGGCAAGGGUUACCACAACGAUGCGCACGGCUCCGACGCUCACGAACAUGGCUCAACACGACGCAAUGGCUGGGGCAAUAACUUCUACAACAGCUACGGACUAAACGGCGACAAGCAUUUUUCAAAAGGUUUAAAAGCGUGUUGUCUUCUGUUGUCAGCCUGGGUUUUCUGA